AUGGUCUGCGUCGGGGAGCGCAAUAAUGACGGGGUGGACGACGUUCCGCCAGAGGCACGAGAAUCCACCCGACUUGCCCAGAGCAGAAGCCCGCAUGGCGCCCGAUGGAGGAGGGGAGGGGGCCAGCUGACCGUCCCGAAUGGCAAUGGCGGCCCCCUAGCACGGCGUGAGGGAGACGGAGACGAGACCGGACCCAGGACUGACCGUCUGAUCGAUAUCCUGGCCAACAGCUGGACUCUAUCAGAUUCCAGCGGAUUGCCGGUCAGCGGGAGGUCUGGAGAGCAAGAGAGCUGUGAAGAGACGGCCGACGGCGAAGGGUAA